UGCGCGGUCCGCGGGCAGAGCGCAUCCCCGGCGGGCGGGAAGCGGCCGAAUCGGAGCUCCCUUGAAAAAUCCCCACUUUAUUCCGUCACGAUUAAAAAUGGAGUCCUGCUUUUCGAAGCCCCUUGUGCUACUCCACUGAUCUGUAGCUUUGGAAGGCCGGUGGACCUGGAGAAGGAUGACUACCAGAAGGUUAUAUGCAACAACGAGCACUGCCCCUACAGCACUUGGAUGCACCUUCAGUGCUUCUACGAGUGGGAAAGCAGCAUCCUUGUCCAGUUCAAUUGCAUUGGCAGAGCCAGGAGCUGGAACGAAAAGCAGUGUCGCCAAAACAUGUGGACCAAGAAGGGAUAUGACCUGGCUUUUCGGUUUUGCUCUUGUCGGUGUGGGCAGGGUCAUUUGAAGAAGGACACGGACUGGUACCAGGUGAAGCGAAUGCAGGAUGACAAGAAGAAGAAAUCAGUGUUGGAGAAGAGUACAGGAAGGUCCAUGACAGAGUCAGCAGAGGAGGCCAAAAAAGGCAGGCCGGCCAACAAGCCGCAGAAAGGCUUGAGUAAUGACCUCCAGCGGAGGCACUCUAUGGACAGGCAGAAUUCCCAGGAGAAGGGCGUCAUGGGCGGCAGCUACGCCGUUCGCUCGCCUUGUGUCUCUCCCGGCCAGUCCCCGCCCACCGGCUACUCUAUCCUCGCCCCCACGCAUUUCAGCGGCCCUCGUUCCUCCCGAUACCUGGGAGAGUUUUUGAAGAAUGCCAUUCACCUGGAGCCCCACAAGAAGAACAUGGCUGGUGGGGGCAUGUUCAGGAAUGCACAUUUUGAUUACGGGGCAGCUGGCUUGCAAGCACAUAGAUCAGGACACUUCGAUACCCCCGUGCAGUUUCUGAGAAGGCUCGAUCUAUCUGAGCUGCUCACUCACAUCCCCAGGCAUAAAUUGAAUACUUUCCACGUGCGGAUGGAAGACGAUGCCCAGGUGGGCCAAGGGGAGGACCUUCGGAAGUUCAUCCUUGCUGCUCUCAGUGCCAGCCACAGGAACGUUGUAAACUGUGCUCUGUGCCACAGGGCGCUGCCAGUGUUUGAACAGUUUCCGCUGGUGGAUGGGACCCUGUUCCUUAGCCCAUCGAGACAUGAUGAGAUUGAAUAUGAUGUUCCCUGUCACCUUCAAGGAAGGCUUAUGCACCUCUAUGCUGUUUGUGUAGACUGCUUAGAAGGGGUUCACAAAAUUAUCUGCAUUAAGUGCAAGUCCCGGUGGGAUGGAAGCUGGCAUCAGCUGGGAACUAUGUAUACCUACGAUAUUCUGGCAGCAUCUCCCUGUUGUCAGGCUCGACUGAACUGUAAGCACUGUGGGAAGCCAGUAAUAGACGUGCGGAUUGGCAUGCAGUAUUUCUCUGAAUACAGCAACGUCCAGCAGUGUCCUCACUGUGGAAAUCUAGACUACCACUUCGUGAAGCCAUUUUCUUCAUUUAAAGUUUUGGAGGCUUAUUGACGAAAGCUUUGCUUUAGUAAUAGCUAUUUUAUGGGUAUUUCAACUUUAUUACAUAUCUUUUUAUAGGAUUCAUUCUGUGAUGAAAUCUAAUUUCUUUUCUAACUGAAAGAGCAGCUUCUUUGUCAGUGUACAUAUUAAUAUGUAUAUAUACAUGUUGUUAAAACCAGAAUCCUCCUGACAAGAUCUCUGUGAAGGUUGGAGGCAAGCCAAUUUAAUGGCCUUUCAGUAUAUCCCAUGUGUGGGGUAAAGUUCAGCUAAAAAUGAUUUGGGUUUAUUUUUUUGUAUAGUUGUAAUACAGUUUAUAGGAAGGGUGUGGGGAGACAUAAAGGACAGAGAAAUAUGUCCUGUUGGAAAAUGGGUAAUUGCAUAGGGUUGUUCCUCCAGCUUGGUGGAAAUGGGAAAUCCUUGGAAAGAAAUCUGUUACUGUUGAAUUCAUUUAGCCUUUUGCAUUGGUUCCCAGGGGUGCAGGAGCUGGCCCUGUGUUGCCAGUCCCCUCAGCAGGCUUUCUUUCAGAUUUCCCAUGACCGGAGCAAACUAAGGUAUCAUGACAAGUGAAUGUAAAUGUGUGCCAGAAAAUGCAAUCUUGAGUGAAUUCUUUUGGCAUCCUGUCUUCCUGCCAUGUGUGUUUGAUGUGCAUUGCCCUCACUGAGUUACAGUGCAGGCAAUAGUGCUGCUUCCACCAGGGCUGUCAUGUGCCCAGCUGGGUCAUCUGCUCAUACCAAAACAAGCUGGAAAUCUUAAAAUACAUUAUUUAAAGGUGUUUCUUCACAGACAUUUUUAAGGGAAGGAACUGGCUGAGCUGAGCGGGGAUGGGAUUGUAUGUGCCUGGUGGGACUGAGGCCUUGCUGCCUGCUGCAGGCUUGUGUGCCUGGUGUGGAAGGAGAGCCAUGAAGUGGGAGCUGGUCCCUCAGACCUGUGUGAACUGAGAGGUACUGAGUACAAAACAUGUCAUCACUUUUUAAAACCAUUCAUUGCUGCACCUUCCUCUUUCAAAAUUGUGUUCAGUACAGGAUCUAAAAACAAGGAGAUGUUUUAAGAAAGCAAACUUAGCAUAUUUACUUUCCACAUGCCUAUGUGCUGUACAUAAUAGACUGCAUUAAGCAGUGAAUUUGUAUCAGAGGGCUUGGCCAUGUAGACUCUGCAGUUGUUGUUUCUUGACUCCCAUUUCUCUCUUCCUUAAAUAAAUUUUUUAAAAUAGGUCAUUAAUCUUUUGCUUGGUUUCUCAAAUCAGUUGAGAUUUAAGGGACAUUUGUUUUUUUAUGCUUUUCUUGAUAGCAAGAAGUGUUUGUCCACCGGAGAGGUGUGGGUUUUGUUUCUGUUUACAUGGUGGGAUUCUUUUUUGUUUCUUCUGAAGUCUUUUGUUUUUCCAAAUUAGAAUCCUUAUAGAGUGUAUCUGUUGAAAUCACAGUCUUGAAAAUGGCCCUGAUAGUCUGCCACCCUGGGAAAGAAAACAAAACAUUCAGAAGCCAAAACAGUGUUUUUUCCUGUGUUGGACUGAGAAUUACACUUUCUGCUGAAUUAAAAAAAUUAUCGUGCCUAUAAAACUCAAGCUGAAGAUCCAUGUUUCUUUGGGCACAAAAAUGCCAAGUUCAGAGUUUUACUUCCUGGCUGUCCUCACUACAGAAUUAAUUCCUUUUAGCAUUAGCUACCCUUCAAGGAAUACCCAGGCUGCACAGAGCAUUUAUGUUGGCACAGUUUGAGUGGCAGUGUCCUUGGGUGCCACACAGCUCAUGUGGUCCAGUGCAGGUCUGAACAGCCGUGUUAGCAGGCUAUGGUAGCCUUCAGCACUGGUGCUCCUCUCCUUCUGUGUGACUUCCUGGGCUUGGUUUUGGGUCUGGAGCACGUUCUUGGAGCUUUGUGCAGUUGUCCCCUUUGCAAGUUUUGGGAAAACCUGUUUCUUCUUCUGGGAGAAUUAUGGGAAAGACUUUGAGAGACUUCUAACACUGUCCUUUCAUGGCUGA